CCUACUUUUGCGGAUGUGGUGUUGUGGGCGUGCAGUGCGGCUUUGUGAAAGUCUAAGCUGGCGGGCGCAAUGGAAGUAGUAACAGUUAACGUAUGAUUGCUGACUGUGCCAUCUUGACAAUAAGCACCAGGCGUCACGUGACCGGCCAUGGACAGCAGCCUGCUGGACGCGCUCGAGUGCGCCAUCUGCCUGAAUCAGCUGAGCGACUCGAACCGCGUGCUGCCGUGCCAGCACACCUUCUGCCUGCACUGCCUGCAGGACGUGGUGGCGUCGCGCGGCCAGCUGCACUGCCCUGAGUGCCGCACGCCCGUCACCACGCCCGUCGACCAGCUGCCGCAGAACAUCGUGCUCAUCCGGCUGCUGGAGACGCUGCGGACCAACCCGUUCACGGCGGCUCCGCCUGCACCGCCGCCGCCUGCUGCUGCCGAUGCUGCCGGCCGCCAGGCAGCGCUGGCUUCGCUGCGCGAGGCGCUCGCCGAGUUUGACCCGCUGUCGAGCAAGCCGGCACCGGCGGCGCGCGCCCAGCCGGCCGUGCCGUGCGCGCGCGCCCUCUACAGCUACGCCGGCCAGCAAGACGGUGACCUGGCCUUCAAGGAGGGAGACGUCAUUCAGCUGCGGCGCCGGAUUGACUUUGACUGGUUCGAGGGCCAGCUGGACGGCCGGGUGGGCGUGUUCCCCGUCAACCGGGUGGCAGUGCUCACGGCGCUGGCCAACCGGAUACCGCAGUGCCGCGCCCUCUCGCAGUUCACCUUUCCCGACCAGGACGGAAAGACCUACCUCAGGUUCAGCAAGGGGGAGAUAGUGACGCUGAUCAGGCCGGUGGACGCCGCCUGGGCCGAGGGCAAGCUCGGACACCGGCUCGGCCUCUUCCCGCUCACGCUGGUCGAGCUCAACAGCCCGGCCAACGCCAUGCUGCGCGCGCACGGCUGCCUGGCCUCCAGCAGCAAGUCGACAGGCGUGGUGCCACCGCUGCCGCCGCCGCUGCCGGCCCGGCCCAGCCGCGGCCAGUCGGAGCCGAGCAAGGCGCUGCGGCGGCUGACGCGGCCGGCGGCGCCGCCGUCCGAGAACCAGCACCGGCCGCUGCAGCGCGUGCGGUCCUGGGGCGCCGGCAUGCCCGCCACGCUCGCCGCCAACACCGUGAUCGCCAACCGCAAUACGAGCAGGCCGGAGAGGACCCAGUCGGAGCUGCGGCGCAACUACCGGGCGCCCACGCCGCUCGUCAUCCAGAGGUACCGCUGCACCAUGGACUACCCGCCGAGCAGCGACGUCGAGCUCGAGCUGCGCGCCAACGACAUCGUGUUCGUGCACAAAAAGCGAUCCGACGGCUGGAUGAAGGGCACCCACGAGAAGACGGGCAAGACCGGCCUCUUCCCGGCCACGUUCGUCGAGCUCUGCUGACCCCCGAGCGGUGGUAGCCGGGCUCGGCGGCGGCGGCGGCGGAUAGGCUGGCGGCGGACGGCGAGCGCCGCGGUGGCGCUUCCUUCCCGCGCAGGAUCGCGCUGGGGGCGUCAGGGGCCACGUGCCGGCCGACCGCCGCAUUUUGUACAGGUCGGGCACGUGCUUGUUUUGGACGCGUGGCUGUCGAAUGCCGCGAGUUUUUAGAGGUCUGCGCAGGUUUUAGAUCGCUACCCAAAGUGAGACGGAAUAACUGGCGGGGACUCCUGCGUUCCGCCCAUCCUUGUAUUGAUACUAGCUGCGUUUUAUCAGGCCCCACACAUUUCCUUGCGCCGGCUUGUCUAACCGUUAUCUGAUGUUACUUUUGGCACGCACGGUCUUAAGCAGUGUUGACGUCCAGCUCAAAUGGUGCCAGCUACGGAGGACGUGCUGCAACAAACAUGGACGCAGGGUCGCUCAUAAUUGGAUUGUUCUAGGGAUAGAGCAGACGACGCCAGUUACAUCUCAGCUGAAAGGCUACAAUUUGUGGGCCCUGGUGGUGCCGACCGGACGAAGACUUUUUUAACUGCAUUGGCCGUGUGUGCUCGUCACGUAUUUAUAUUUUUAGGGACAGCGAGCAGCACUGACCAGUGCAGGACAGUUGAAUCGGCUGCACUUGCAAUGCGGUGAAACAGUGGAACGAAACGGUGAAACAGUGAAAACAGUGCAAAAAGUGUCCGCAGUGAAACGGCUACAUAUGUGGGAUCGCUGGAUACCCGUAGUUAGAUUGGCUGCCAUAUGCUUUAUUAGUUGUCCGUGCUGACAUGUCGGGGGGGGGGGAGGGGGGUAUUUUCUCUGUCACGGUCAACAGCAUACCCGCGGCCUCUCGUCGCACCGGGGCGGGAAGGGUUUGGAUCAUGAAACGCUAAUGGGCCGAAGAGAUGCCGGGAGUUAGCGUCUUGCGAGUGCGGCUUCUGAGUGUUCGGAUUAGCGUUGUAAGAACGACUGUUCUGUCCAGCCCGGAGUGGUCUCCGUGGCAACAGGACAUUACAAAGCCAUUCGGAAGCGCCAGUGCCUAGAGCGUGUCACUCGCCAGAUUGAGACUUGGCAGACCAGGUUAGGAGCGGUGUUUUUCUACGGCUGAAAUGCGCUGGAUUAUUGUAGCAGACGCACGUCUCUGAUAUGCUCUCACGUGCUCGCUUCGCCAGGCCAAUUGUGUAAAACGCUAUGUUUGACAGUAAUGUACUUUACUGUAUCGCAAAUACGGUGUCGUACGGUAUUUUACGUCGUGUAAAAUACGGCCAUAGGUAACGAUAACGCCACCAAGCACAUAGGUAGUUCGAAUUUAUGUUCGGUUAGUUCCUCCCGGCGGACUCCUUCUCAAAGACGAUGUUCGUCGCAUGGUAACGUGUUCUAUAUGUAUGUGUCGACGCGCUUACUCUUUUGCAUCAUGAAGGUGUAUGAUCGCGAUGCCUUUGCGCGCUGCAGCAGAUAAUCAUAGCCUAGCCGCCUGAUGGUUGGAGGUAUUGCUGCUCAGAUGUGAACCAGGCGCCGACGGCUGCCGCGGCUCCGGAGCCGCGGACCCCCGCGCUGCCGAGGCGUGACGGCGCGCACCUGACGUGCGUCUGUGACGCGGGGCGCAAACUCCGAUAUUACCGGAUAGUUGGCCACCGCCUGGUGACGCCUGGCGACCCCCGGCGGUCCUGGGCAGGGCCGGCCGCCGGGGUGCUGUGGGACGGCGCGCCGCUGGCCGGCUGCCCGCCCAGCCCA